GUGUUAAUAAUGAGUGUCCGUUAAACUGGACACUUAUGAAGGAGCUGGUUUGGUCAUUAGCUAGAUUUUCAGUUAAUGAAAUAGACUGUUUUUAGAUCAUUUAGAUGUAGAGAAUAGUGUGUGUUUGACAUUGGUUUUGUGGAAACAGCCUUCUCCGUGUCAGAGGGCCGGUAGAGGCGGACGCCCCUCCCGUCGUCACAGCCCACAUAAAGCCUGAACCCCCCGGUUGGACCACCGACUGUCUACACGGUCCAUACAGGAGAAAAGUCCUCUGUUAUCAACAACAAAGAUGGCAACGGACAACCUGGAAAUGAACGGUGAUGCUGACCGAAACGGCGAUGUGGAGGUUCCUCUGCGGAGCCGCUGGCCGAGACGACAGGAACCUCUGAACAUGAACCAUUAUGCCAAUAAGAAGAGCGCAGCAGAGAGUAUGCUGGAUGUGGCUCUGCUCAUGGCUAAUGCCUCACAGCUGAAGGCUGUGCUGGAGCAAGGACCGGAGUUCUACUUCUACUUUCCCCUCAUUACUCUCAUAAGCAUCUCCCUCAUCCUGCAGAUAGUGGUGGGCAUUCUGCUCAUCUUCAUAGUGAAGUGGAACCUGAACGAUGAGAGCAUGCACUACAGGCUGAACGUCAUGGAGAACAUCGCCACUGCUCUUGUCUUUGUCAUCGUUGUCGUUAACGUCUUCAUCACAGCUUUCGGUGUCCAACAACCCAACAAAAGUGCAUGAUCUUCAUUCUUCAUGUGUCUCUGUAUCUGCUGGACCUUCACAUCACUUGUGAAAAUGGACAGGUUCAUUAUUCCACAGACUGAAAGUGUCUAAAAGCAUGCAGCUGCCUCUCCCCAGGCAAGAGGAGACAAAGCAUUCCCUGAACAUGAAGAUAUGUUAGCUAGUGUGUCUGAAAUGGAACUUUACCUGUAGUGCAUUUCUGUGUGUGUGUGUGUGUGUGUGUGUGUGUGUGUGUGUGUGUGUGUGUGUGGUGUGUGUGUGUGUGUGAGAGAAGGGCUACUGUCUCCUCAAGCCAUAGUUUGUUACCUCUUAUCGUGCUCAGGUUACUGACUCUUAAUUAUUGCCUUUACUUUAAAAUAAACAUAUCAGUAGCAAUAGUCAGUCAGCACUGUGAGUAUUUCCUGAGUAAGACGCCCUACUGUUAUUUUAUACGUUUGUUGAAUUUUAUCUUAUCUGUCAGCCUUAGCCCUAGCCAAUGAACAUACUGUU